UACAAACCACUUCAUCCAGAAAUUGUUGCCCUGCCCGACUUAAUUCGGUCAUUUACAAUGUCUUACUGGAUCCGUGUUGUCAGUGCGCUCCUUUAUCUUGCGAAUUAUUUACGCGCAGAAGUUACAGUAACUCAGCCGCUAUCGAAGUCGAUCAGUCCGGGGCAGAACUUACAAUUAAGCUGUACCAUGUCCGGGGCCAGUUUAGGGAAUUAUGACGGUGUGUCCUGGUAUCAGCAGAUUCCCGGAAAGACUCCCCGACUUUUAGUCUAUUAUUGGUCCAGCAAGGGAAGCCCUGGACGAGGUCCGGGAGUUUCAGAAAGGUUCUCCGGUUCUCAGUCGGGCAAUACGGGAUAUUUUACAAUAUCCAACGUUCAAUCGGAGGACGCAGCGGACUAUUACUGCGCCAUGUGGAAAAACGCCUUAAUAUUUGGAAAAGGAACAAGGGUGGCAGUGGGCAAUCCUCGGCCCCCAGUCGUGUCGGUCUUGCCCCCUUCAGCGGACGAAAUCAGGGUAAAGGGCAGCGCCACCCUUGUGUGUUUAGUGAGCGGGUUUAAUCCGGGAGCUGUGGAUGUUGAGUGGGCUGUGGACGGCAGCGCGAGAAGGAACGGCGUUGAGAACAGCCGACUGCAACAGGAGACGGACAACACGUUCAGCGUGAGCAGUUACCUGACAUUGAAAGCCUCAGACUGGAACUCACACGAGCUUUACUCCUGUGUGGUAAAACACGAGACCCAAACAAACCCUCUACGGGCAAAUAUCGCAAGAUCCCGCUGUACUGGUUCUUUUGAAGUCUCUGACCCGGCAUUACACGCUGACUGCUGUUCUUUGCGGGAAUGCGACCCGCUCUCGGAGUUUCAUAACCGGGCGUUGCUGUUCGGCACCCCAAAGGCUCGGCCUAAGUGUCCGGCUCGGCUUUGGAGGCCUAGCGUGUCGGGGCUCUGGAGAAGGGCGGAUCGAAGGCCGGUGUCACGGCAGGGGAUCAGUGUGUCGUCUGGCAGUGGAAAUAUCUACGGCUGUGUGCCCAGAUAUAUCAACGCGGAAGUUGCACUGAAUCAGCCACCUUCGAAAUCCACGACUCUGGGGCUUAAAGUUCAAGUGCCCUGCACCUUGUCUGGAACCUCUUUAAGGAGUAGCAAUAUUUACUGGUACCAGCAGAUUCCCAGAAAAGUUCCUCGGUAUCUGUUCUACCAUUAUUCGGGGAGCAGAAUGAACAGAGGCUCCGGAGUUCCGAACCGUUUCGGCGGCAACACGGCAACAUUGACAAUAUCGAGCGUCCAGUCGGAGGAUGCGGCAAACUAUUACUGUGCUGUGUGGAAAAAUGCUUACAUCUUCCGCAAAGGAACGAGGGUGGAAAUUGGCAAUUGCAUCUAUGACCCUGCUAGUGGCGUAGUGGCAUCAACAUUGGACUUCGGGACUAAAGGUCCCGAGUUCGAAUCCAGCCGGCUCCCCUACACGCUUUCCAACUGUGCUGGGUUACGAACUGUGGACAUUGAAUGGACCAUGGACGGUCGUCCAAAAAGGGAUGGCGUGGAGACGAGUCCUGUCCAGCAGGAAACAGACAACACGUUCAGUGUGAGUAGUUACCUGACUCUGCCAGCCUCAGAAUGGAGCGCACACGAGCGUUACUCCUGUGUGGUUAAACACGAGAGUCAAGUAAACCCGUUUGAAGAAACGAUCGCGAGAUCCGGCCGGAGAUCAGCUUUGAUUAAAUCUUUUUCGACGGCAUGCAAUUGUCAAGAAAACAAUCUCUGCCUCAAUGUCGCAAAAAGAAAGGAUCUGUCUGUGGACUACAGAAGGAAUGGAUACAGGCUAACCCGUAUUGACAGCAAUGGAUCUGGGGUUGAGAGGUUUAGGCACCGCGGCAUUCAUAUCGCCGAGGACCUCACGUGGGAACACGCAGUGCCAGCUCGUCACAGGAUUCAUAAGCGAGCUGAACAGUUGAGACGCCACUUAACCGCAGCACCUUCCGUGAGCUUCACUCUAUUAACUACAAUGUCUUGGUGGGUUCGUGUGGUCAGUACGCUGGUGGUUACUGCAAUUUAUAUCAACGCGGAAGUUGCACUGAAUCAGCCACCUUCGAAAUCCACAUCCCCGGGGCAGAACGUGCAAAUGCCCUGCACCUUGUCUGGAACCUCUUUAGGAAGUAGCAAUAUUUACUGGUACCAGCAGGUUCCCGGAAAAGUUCCUCGGUUUCUGUUCUACUAUUGGUCGGGGAGCAGCAUUUACCGAGGCUCCGGAGUUCCGAACCGUUUCGGCGGCUCAGUAUCAGGCAACACGGCAACAUUGACAAUAUCGAGCGUCCAGUCGGAGGAUGCGGCAGACUAUUACUGUGCUGUAUGGAAAUCAAAUGUUUGCACCUUCGGCAAAGGAACGAGGCUGGCAAUUGGUAAUCCUCGGGCUCCCGCCGUCUCCGUUCUCCGACCUUCCCCGGAAGAAAUCACGAGAAAAGGCACAGCGACGCUGGUGUGUUUGGUGAGUCGUUUUAAUCCGGGCGCAGUGGAUAUUGAAUGGACCAUGGACGGUCGUCCGAGGAGGAAUGGCGUGGAGACGAGCCGUGUCCAGCAGGAAACGGACAACACGUUCAGUGUAAGCAGUUACCUGACUCUGCCAGCCUCAGAAUGGAGCACACACGAGCGUUACUCCUGUGUGGUUAAACACGAGAGUCAAGUAAACCCAUUUGAAGAAACGAUCGCGAGAUCCGGCUGUAUCUAAAACUUUAUUUAAAACUUAAUCAAAAUAAA